CCCUCCUCGUUCAAAUCUCUCUUCCUUUGCUGUAAUGUGCUCUGCUCUCCUUUUAAUCAUCUUUACUGUAUUCGUCCCGACACAAAGUACACAACACUAGACAACGCUGUACUGCCAUUACCAUUUUUAGUAUUCUUACAAAAGGGAACCUCUUUCUUUCCCAGAAAAGAAAAGACAAGAAAAAUCUUAUCGGUCUAUCACCUCCCUUCUUUCUGUCUGCAAACAGACAGUCUAUUAGUAUAUUGUCAUCAUCCCCUGCUUCUCUCCCUACUUCUUCCUUGCUAUCUGCUUCUGCUGCUGCUGCUACUGUUGGUUCCUGAAGAAUCCAGUUUCUUUCUUUUUCUUCGGGUACAAAUUCAUUGCUUCUCAUCAUCUCAUGAUUAUAUCAUCACAUCAUCUCUCUCAUAAUUCCUGCCUGCCUAAACCACAACAACACCUGCACCAGACCAUGACAUCCUGGAGCUGAAAAAAGAAGAAUAUGAGGCUGAGGAAUUUGGUGUUUGGUUUGCUCUCCCUCUCUGUAUUGGCUCCCAUUCUUCUUUAUAUUGAUAGUUUCUCCUCUUUCACCCCUUCUUUCAAACAAGAAUUCCUCGAAGAUGUCACUGCUUUUAUUCUCCCUGUCGAUACCAGUAAUCUAAAUGUAUUGCCACAGGAUGAAUCAUCUGCUGUGCUUAAGGAACGCAUUGGAAUUCUAUAUACUGAUAACAACUCCAAGACCAUUCUAACUGACAAAGAUUUGCAGUUGCCUGACACAGGUAGAGCAUUAUCUGCCACUGAUGAGGAUGCUCAAUCUCGGAAGGAUGAUAUCAUCAAACAGGUCAUUCAGAGCGCUAAUCAGGAAAAGGAGGAGACCCGGACAGACAGGGGAGCUGAUCAGGAAAGCCACCAGCUUAAGCAACAAUCUGCUUUAAACUCAGACAAAGUUGGUGAGAAGGAUGCUUUGUUAACUAAAACCAACAAGCAGACAGAUCAAUCACCUAUGCCAGCUGCUUGGGAGCGACAGCUCAGGGAUCGGCUUAUCAAGGCAAGUGUGUACCUGUCCCUUCCAGCCACGAAGAACAAUCGCCGCUUUACAAGGGAGCUUCGAAUGCGGAUAAAGGAAGUUCAACGCGUACUUGGAGAUGCAAUCAAAGAUUCUGGGAUGCCAAAGAAUGCCUAUGAAAAAUGGAAGGCAAUGGACCAAUUGUUGGAAAAGGGCAAGCAAAUGCAGUAUGAAAGUGCUAACGAGGUAAAGAAGCUUCGGGCAAUGCUCCACUCGACAGAAGAACAACUCCGAGUGCAUAAGAAGCAGACCAUGUCCUUUGCUACGAUGGUAGAGAAGCUUCGGGCAAUGCUCCACUCGACAGAAGAACAACUCCAAGUGCAUAAGAAGCAGACCAUGUUCUUAACGCAAUUAACUGCAAAGACGCUUCCUAAAGGGUUACACUGUCUUCCAUUGCGCCUGACAACUGAGUAUUACAAUUUGAAUUCUUCGGAACAGCAAUUUCCAAAUCAAGAGAUAUUGGACAACCCUUUGCUUCACCAUAGUGCACUAUUCUCGGAUAAUGUUUUGGCGGCAGCAGUGGUUGUAAACUCUACUGUCACCAACUCUAAGCACCCUUCGAAGCUUGUUUUCCACCUUGUUAGUGAUAGACUCAACUAUGCGGCAAUGAAGAUGUGGUUUCUAGUAAAUCCACCAGGCAAAGCCACUAUUCAGGUCCAGAACAUUGACGAAUUUACAUGGUUAAAUUCAAGUUAUAGUCCUGUUCUGAAGCAGUUGCAUUCUCAGUCAAUGAUUGAUUAUUACUUCCGAGCACAUAGUGCCAAUUCUGAUUCGAAUUUGAAGUACCGGAACCCAAAGUACUUGUCCAUCCUGAACCAUCUUCGCUUUUACCUGCCAGAGAUUUUCCCAAAGCUCAACAAGGUGUUAUUCUUAGAUGAUGAUAUAGUGGUGCAGAAGGAUCUUACUGGCCUUUGGUCCCUUGAUUUGAAGGGUAAUGUGAAUGGUGCAGUAGAGACCUGUAGAGAAAGCUUUCAUCGCUUUGAUACAUAUCUCAACUUCUCAAAUCCUCUUAUAUCAAAUAAUUUUGAUCCCCGCGCUUGUGGAUGGGCAUAUGGAAUGAACUUGUUUGAUUUGGAGGAAUGGAAGAGGCAAAACAUCACUGAUGUAUAUCAUUCAUGGCAGAAGCUGAACCAUGACAGACAAUUAUGGAAGUUGGGGACUCUGCCACCUGGCCUCAUUACUCUUUGGAAACGGACUCAUCCCCUUGAUCGACGUUGGCAUGUUCUGGGCCUUGGCUAUAACCCCAAUGUCAGCCAAAUAGAAAUUGAACGAGGUGCUGUUAUACAUUAUAAUGGCAACAUGAAACCAUGGCUUGAGAUAGGCAUACCCAAGUAUCGAAAAUACUGGGCAAAAUACGUUGAUUAUGUUAAUGUUUUUUUGCGAGAGUGCAACAUCAAUCCAUAGAAUGGUCCUCGUGGUGUAAUCCAGUUAUUGGGGCUCCAUACACAUGCUGUGCCACCUUUUUUACAGGUCUGCAUCACUUUGUAGGCUCUUCCACACAUCCUGUGCCAGCGAUUUUACAGGUCUGCAGGACUUGGUAGGUUGUUUUGUUAUCUAAGUAGAAGCUUGAGCUUAAUUUUUUCUGUAUACAAUCCCCCCUCCCCCCCUCUUGUUUCUUUUCCCUUUUUCUAUGAUAGGCUGAGGACUACUGUGCAUGUUAGUUGAUGUUGGUACCUUGAUUACAUAUCUGCCAUUCAGCAGGUGUAUUUGUAAAUGAUUGCAACCGAACAAAGAAAAAAAAAAAGAGACAGUAGUUGGUUGAGUUUGUGCCUGUAAUCUGAUAUCGGCCUGAUCGUGUGUGAAUCUCCAAGUCCAUUGGCAUCCUUUGCUGAAGCAAUGAUGAAUCCUUUAUUUUUAUUUUUAUUUUAUUUUGUAAUCUGAUCUAGUACUUGCCGUCUUUGUCAAGAGAGGAGAUGGUUAAAUGCAGUGAAUUUAAGAGAAGAAAAAUAUGCAUGUAGCAUCUUUUGUGAUAACGGGUUGCUACAUUCUGGAAUAUGGCAGUUGCUUUUGAUUUCUCGAAUGGAUUCAUUUCAUUUACUGUAUGUGAUAGAAGUAACAUUUGGAAACCCUAUCGUGAUACCUGUAUUAAUUAUUUAUGUGGUGAAUUGGAACAAUUGUAGCUUUGUA